GGGCUGACGGGGCGCGCGCUGCCCGUUGCCGCGCUCCUUUCAGUGCUGAGCCCGCCCCGCCGCCCAUUGUCCUCCUGCCAUGUGACCGGGGACGGUUACAAAGCGGGCCCCCCCCCCCCGCCUCCACCGCCGUUAUUUGUGCUGAGUCACGGCUCGGCGCUGCCCGGUGCCGCAGGUGUCGCGGGGAGCCCGGCCACCGCCGCAGCGCCAGGCAACCCCAUGGGGACCGACGGUGCCCGCGCCCGGCUGGAGCGGGCGGCCACCCUCACCCUGCAGACCGGUAACCUCCUCAACUGGGGCUGCCUGCGCAAGAAGUGCCCGGCCACUCCUGGCGAGGAGGUGCGGGACUGCAUUCAGAAAACUCUGACUGAAUGGAGCUCCAAGAUUGGACAAGAUCUAAAUCAGGAAAUACUGGAGGUUCUGGAAUGUGCAGUAGCUCAAGCAAUAGAAAAAAUAAAUCCUGAAGAAAGGGAUGAGCUGAAAGUAUCAGCAAAACUUUUCAUCGUUGGAUCAAACUCUUCAUCAAUCAGAGAUGCAGUUGACAUGGCAUGUUCUGCCCUUGGAGUUGCUCAGUUAGACUCAGUCAUUAUUGCCCCACCUCCCGUUGAAGAGGGAACUAGCCUCUCCUUGGAGUAUUUGCAGCCUUAUUGGAAAGAACUUGAAAAUCUAGUUCAAAACAGUAAGAUUGUUGCCAUAGGUACCUCUGACCUAGAUAAAACACUUUUGGAGCAGCUGUAUCUGUGGGCACAGGUGAAACCAAGUAGUAAUCAGGUGAAUCUAGCUUCCUGUUGUGUGAUGCCACCUGAUCUCACAGCAUUUGCGAAGCAGUUUGACAUACAGCUGUUAACUCACAAUGACCCAAAAGAAUUACUUUGUGAAGCCAGUUUCCAAGAAGUUCUUCAGGAAAGCAUCCAGAGCACGAAAGCACAUGAGUGGAUUCCUUUAUGGAUUCUCCGGUAUUCAGUCAUUGUUAAAAGCAGAGGAAUUAUCAAGUCCAAAGGCUAUAUCAUGCAAGCUAAAAGAAAUGCUUCUUGAAACACUUACCUUUUUUUUUUUUUUUAAUGGCUUGCUGUUUAAAUUUCUUGGAGAUGUGGGGGAACAUUGCUUUUUUCAUAGAAACCCUUUUACAGCAUUUGUAACAAAGACCAAAAGAUGUAACUAUCCAGUGUGGUGUCAGCAAGAGUGUGUGCAGUGUUCUGCUUUUCUUAAUCUAUUGACAUUUCAAACAUUUUUGGGGUUUGUUAUUUUUGAUUGACAUUAGAGAAAGAGUUUAAAAUAUUUUUUUUAUGACCAAUUCACUGUAAAAUUAUCAUGAUAUUUUAGCUGCCAGUAGGUAGUAUAGAGAAACUUAUAUAUUUUUAUUUUUUGAAAAAAUAAAUUUCACUUAAAUAAUAAGAGUUACUUCUCAUGUACCUAUAUUUCAAGGACUACUUUUUUACAGAAAAUUGCUUUCUGAAUAAUUAUUCCCUUCCCCCAACUAAACUGGUAUCUCAUUACUUGAUAUGUAUAUUUAGGCAAGUCAGCUGUUUCAUUUGUAUGUAUGGGAGAAUUGGUUUAUUUUUAAUAUAGUGUAAAAGACUUCUAUAAUUUAGAACAAAAACCCACCACAUCUUCCAAAUUAUUUUCUGACUGCUACUUGAAAAACCUUCUGGCUUCUUUGUGCCUCAGUAUGCUUGGUUAAACAUUUGCAGAAGUGUGACGGAAUCUUUACUAUUUGAAAUAGAAAAUGUAUUAUUGUGUGAAUGUUUAGGUCAGAAUUGAAAACAAGCGAUGAAAAAUCAGUUAAUGAAAAAUUGAAUCAUGACUGUCUUUUCAACUGUGGCUUGUCUUUUUUGAUACUACACAGUCAGAAUCAGCCAAGUCAGAAUAGAUAGUAGAUGCUGAAGCUCUUCACUAGGUAAUUGUCAAAUGGAGCACUUCUUUUGAGUCUGCCUGAGAAACUUUGUUGCUUGAGUGCCCUUCACAAAUAAUGCAAGCAGGGUUUAGCUUUAAUUUAGGUGUUUCUGUUGGUAGUAGCUCAGUGCACUGGCUUCUGAAUCCUAGAGAGAUUGCUGCAGCUAAGGCAAGGCUUCAGUUUAACAUAGUCUUUCUGUUUGAAGUCUUUCUCAUUUCCUUGGCCUUUAAAUCAGAAAAGAUAGGGAAAGCUCAACUUUUAUUUCAACAGGAGCUUGAUACUGACAGUCUAAAUUACUCAUUUUCCUUUUGAUUUCAGGCAGGAGCAGGGCUUCAUACCAGUAGUACUAAUUAACUUAGCUGUACAUAUUUUGAGAUUUGGACUUUAGGGAAUGAAUUUUCACCAGUAUCUUUCAAAUUUCAGCUGUCAUGUUGGCAGCUAAUGAAAUUUAAAUGCUUGUUAGCAGUGUUUAUGGAGUGUCGUCAGCUUCCUGUAAUCCAUUCCCAUAAGUUAAAACAUGAAUCUUUUUCAGUGUACUUGAAAAUAUAUAUGAGGCCUCAAAUUUAUCUUGUCUGCAGGUUGCAAAUACUGGGAAAUUGUCUUGAAAUUACUUCAGCUCUUGUGAUAAAUGAGGGAUGGGGCAAACUGGAACUAGUGUUGCAUCAAUAAAAGUUUGAAUUUUUUUUCUAAUCAAGAUAGUAUUUUUUUAAUAUUGGGGCAGUUUGUAUUAAUGUUAAAAAAUUACAUGAGUUUAAUAUGAAACUUCCCUGACAGGUUUGAGUUGUGUGCUGCUGGUGAUUAACCACUAUCUGUGAAUUCUGUGUUUGGCUGUUGACAUUCUGUGUUGUAUCAGACUCCCGUGUGUACUGUUUUAUAAAUUGAAAUGCUACAAAACAAGAAUUGUACUAAAAUAAUGUAUAGGCUGCUUUAAUGGCAUAUUCUCAUUUCUGUGAACUUUUAGUUGCUUGAUGUAGAAAAUUACCCUUUAAGACAUGAUAAUUCAAGACACGAUAAUCUUAUUUUUCUAGUUGCCAGUAGCGUAACAUUUUAUCAGUUCAUCUCAUUAAUCUGUUUGUGUCAGAAUGGGAGACGGGAUUUCAACCCAUGAGAAACUUGAAAGUUUGAAUUAAAAUUUUAAAUUGUAG